AUGGGUGACAUCGGCUCCGAAGAGGGGACUCUCAGGAUAGAGCAGAAUGGCACGCACGAUGUUGAUGUCAUGAUCAUUGGGGCCGGGCAUUCGGGCGCAACAACAGCACUAUUGCUGAGCAGACUCGGCAUCUCGUCGCUGGUGGUGUCUCGUCACUCAGGCACGUCACCCACGCCUCGUGCACAUCUCUUCAAUCAGAGAGCGAUGGAAGUGAUGCGAGACGCGGGAAUUGAAGCAGAUCUGCUGAAAGCAGCGACUCCUCGCCAGUAUCUACAGCAUACGUCUUGGACGCAUUCUUUGAAUGGUGAAGAGUACGCUCGUCUGUACUUCCAGGGUGCAGGCUGGAGCAGGAAAGGCGAUUAUGAAAGAGCAAGCCCUUGCGAGAUUGUCGAUCUGCCACAGAUGAGGUUUGAACCGAUCCUGAUUGAGAAGGUAAAAGAGGCAGGUGUGGAGGUCUUGUGGAGGAUGGAGUUUGUAAGCCAGACCGAAGUGGAUGGCGGCCGUCUGAUCGAGACUGUGUUGCGUGACCGGGAUACCAACGUCGAGCGGCGCAUUCGGUCCAAGUAUCUCGUCGGCGCAGAUGGAGCACGGAGCGUUGUACUGCAAAGCCUUGGGAUUCCCGUUGACGGGAAACAGUUGAAUUCGGUGUUCAACGUUCACAUCAAAACAGAUCUGAGCCGCUUUAUACAAGACAGACCCGGAGUCCUCAACUGGGUCUUAAAUCCAGAUGCACCUCAAUGGUCAGCGGUGGGCAAUUUCAGGAUGGUGAAGCCAUGGACAGAGUUUGCAGUAUCAAUGCAUCCGGCGGCCAAGGAAGGAGGUGUUGCAUUUGAGCCAACUCACGACGACAUUCGCGCUCGACUGUACCAGAUGAUUGGAGCGGAUAGAGAUGUGGUUGGAGAUAUUGAAAUCUUGUCGGUCUCCAGAUGGCACGUCAACAAUCAGGUUGCUCGUGAGUACCAGAAAGGCCGAGUGAUCUGCAUUGGCGAUGCCGUACAUCGACACCCUCCUAUCAAUGGGCUCGGGAGCAAUACAUGCAUCAGUGACGCGAUGAACAUUUCCUGGAAACUGGCGUAUGUCAUCAAGGGACUCGCGCACCCGAAGAUCCUGGAUACUGUCACGUUAGAACGGAAACCUGUCGGCGAUGGCGUAGUUCGAAGAGCCAACGAAGGCAUGGAAGAGCAACGCCGACUAUGGAAAGUCAUCGGACUGGACAAAGAAGAGCGGAUCAAGAAGCUCGAGCUCAUGAGUUCUGUUUCAUUAGCUGGUAGCAAGCUAAGAGAAGAGUGGUGGAGCGCCAUCAAGACAAAUGAUCGCGAGGGAAACGCCCUGGGUAUCCAGAUGAAUCAGCAGUACUGCGCAUCACCCUUGUCAGUGACAGAGCCUGACGACACCGAGAAGCCAGAUGUAGCAGAAGUCGAUCUGGAGAUGGAACUCGUUGUCACGACUUUUCCAGGCUACCAUCUUCCACACGUCUGGGUAGUUCCGGCAGGGCAGUCUCAAAGGAUAUCGACCUUGGACAUCUGUGGGCGCGGGCGCUUCACCUUGCUCAUAGGGCUAGGGGGUGACCUGUGGCGACAAUAUGCCAAUGAGAUCAAUGCCAGGCGACCAGGACUCGACUUGCAGGUCGCGUCAAUAGGCUGGCGCCAAGAAUAUCAUGAUGCCUACGAUGACUGGCGGAAUAUCAGAGGAGUCGAGGAUGAUGGCGCAGUGCUUGUUCGUCCAGAUCAUUUUGUUUGCUGGAGAUGUAAAUCUGUAGCGUCUGUGGGUCCAGGAAGACUUGCGGAAGUGCUGGAGCAGCUGUUGCCGGCGGCGGUGCCCGCAUAG